AUGGCUUGUAGAGGAUACGUGUGCAUUUUAACAACGCUCUGUAGUAUCCAGCUUGCUUUAGCAGUGGCAGUUCUGGGCAUGUCAAUCUAUGCGUUUGCUCAAGCACCUGUACCAGAGAAUACCGCGCCCAUCGUUGGAUUGUGCGUUUCUUGCCUUGCAGCUGGGACCAGUAUUUUCGGAAUCCUCGGAACAAUUUGUGGCAAACGACUGAUGGUUAUUUCACAUGGCCUGUGCACGAUUUUUGUCAUCGUUGUAGCUGCUGUUGGCCUUGUUCUUUCUUCGCUCGCUGCUGCUCAAGUCAGCUAUUUCCAAGGACUCGUCCUCAAAAUUCAGGAAAAUCUGAUCGACAAUGCUGUUAUCCCGGAUCAAAUGAACGCGAUCGAGAUUGACAAGGACUCUGAUCAAGAAGAUCGAGCUGGACUAUUUUAUGAUGGCUUUGACGUUCCAGAUCAGUACUUUUAUUUAGACGAGUUUUACUACAACCAAAUGUUCGAAAACAUCACCGUCGACUUGAAGUCAACUGACCCCGAAGAUCUGGACCCUGAACCAAUUGAAAUUAUUCUUCUCUCUCCUACUCAACGGCAGUAUACGAUCUUAGCAGCUAUCGUCUUCGCUUUUACUUUCAUUAUCUACGCCUUAUCUGGCUAUUGUGCAUUUUCAUAUGUUCGAAACUUUGGUGAACUUAUCGUACUGUAA